AUGAAUGAAGAAACAGUAAGCCUUAAUAAGGCGAUAAAAUCUACUCGGUUUACGGUCAUACCAGUGAAAGAAAAUUUUGAAUAUUCGUCAAAAAGUUUAAAUGUGGAUGGUGAAUGCAGAAAGAAUUUGUUGUAUGAUUGCUAUUACAACAACGAUUUAUCUUCUGAAGAAGCUUUUGAUCCAUAUUCAAUAUUUAUGAGUAUGUAUUAUCCGCUGGAUAACGGAACUAAACAAACAAAGCUUGAAAAGUUUAAGGCGUAUUGGGAGAAUGAUUCGUUCUAUGCAAUUUGGCGUAGGAAGUUUAUCAAGGAGCAUAGCUGUGAUGAACAUGAUAUGUGGAAAGAGCAAUUCAAGAAAAAAUGGACAGAAAUAGGCAUUGGUUAA